AUGGGAAAGAAAAAUUUGAAACUAUCUUCACUUUUCAAAACCAAAGAAACCUCCCCAAGAAAUAACCAUCCAUGGCAAUUCUUACCUUCUUGCAACCAUCCUCCAAAGACUCUCUCCUUUCGAACUCCUGCCGGUGAUGAUGACAUAUUCAAAACAGUUAACUCGGUGUUUUUCGACCAAGUCGAAACACCGAACUCAUGCUUCACAACAACCUCGUCUGAUUCUGCGAGUUUCUCGACAGAAUCAGACGAGUAUUAUUGCUACAACGACGGGGAGUUGUUGGAGACAUUGGUACGCGGAGUUAAAUCCGAGAGGUCGUCGGAGAGACUGUUUUUCGAAGCGGAGGACACGAGUUCGAUCUUGGAAAAGGCGAAGGCGGACGGCUUUCCGUUUAAGGAAAGUGUUGUAUUGGCUUUGGAGUCAGACGAUCCUUAUGAGGAUUUUAAGAGAUCAAUGGUGGAGAUGGUUGAGUCACAUGGUGUGAAAGAUUGGGAAGGUUUGGAGGAACUUUUGAGUUGGUAUUUGAGAGUUAAUGGAAAAAAGAAUCAUGGGUUUAUUGUUGGUGCUUUUGUUGAUUUGUUGAUUAGUUUAACAGGUUCUAAUGAUUCUAGUAACUCUUGUUCAGAUUUAACUUUGUAUUCUUCUGCGGUUUCUUCUUUUGCUUCUUCACCAACUUUGUAUUUAUCUGAGGGACACAAUGAGAUUACUGAGAUUGAAGAUGAUAAGAAUAAUAAGAAUAAUGUAACAGGUUCUUAG